AUGCGUGAACUACGUCGUUUAAUUACAACCGGUUUUAACAACAUCAAUACUCGUUUUAACGACGUCAAUACCCGUUUUAACGACGUCAAUACCCGUUUUGACGGCAUUGAUGCUAGCCUUAACGGCCUUAAUCAACGUUUUACGGGUGUUAAUGAACGGUUGGACAUUCUCGGUCAACGUGUUGAUACUUAUCGUGAGGGCCUCAAUCUGCGUUGUGAUGUUAUGACUGCACGCUUAAAUAACAUUGACGCUCGAUGUCAGUGUGGGGUGGACCAGCCGGUGAUUAAUGCUAAUUUGGUGGGUAAUGAGAAUUUGUCCAAUACUCAAUCAAGUGCAUCUUCAACUCCGCCUUCAAAUUUCCGACUUGACUAUGGUGGUGAAGGGCGAGGUGUACGUAUUUUGCCAUUUCAAGUUUCCUGCCAUUCCAAAAAAUCAAAAUGCUGCAGUGCUGCAAAAACUAAGGUGCAAUUCAUCGAAGAGUUGGCUGAUCAAUCUGAUAAUAUUAUCUUGAAACCUUACAAUGCAAACAUUCGUUCUCCUGACCCUGACCAAGCUGAGCUUUUUCUCAGGCGAAUUUUGUUUUAUGGUGGUGUUUUGGAUAAAUCUCUUGGCGAAAUGCCGUUGGAUGAAUAUUUUGCGAAAGCUUUGGUUAUUAAGAAUUCUUGCAUUGGUUGGAAGCUUGUUGGUGUGGUUGACAUUCCCUCCAAAAAAUUGCCAGCCCAAGUUUUUUAUUUUGAUGCUGAGGGUGUUCGAAAGUUGAUUGAGCAGUGUGAUAAGAUUACUCCAAUUGGCCGCUUAGAUGUUGGAAAGUUGGGGAAACAGGCACGUCUACAGUUGACUGGAACUCCUCCUUUGCGUUCUAAUUUGGUUUCUGUUUUGGAUUCUCAAACGAAACGUGUGGCUAUAUUGGACUUGUCAGCAGUCUGUUCAGGAAGCUCUCAACAGAAACAACAAAAUCGUUAUAUGCUUGUUUGCUUCGAUGGCGAUUUGGAUAGUCAAAAUAUUAAGGAUUUGGAUGAUUUAUUGACAAACGUUGGGGCUAAUUUUAUGAACUUGAUGGAAGCCGGGGCUGAUGCUAUUAUGCCAGCUUUGGAUUUUGACCAGAAGAGGAAAUAA